AUGAUGAGAGCGAGAAACGUGAGAUUAUUUGCAUCACAUUCUAAUUUGAAUACAAUACCUAAACCAACACCUUCAAUAUUUAAUGUUUUUGAUAGAGAAACAAAGAUUUGGCAGAAGGAUGUGGCCGCUAGUAACGUAAGCCAGUCAAGAGUUGUGGAUUACAUUAAGAAUGAAAUUGGAGAGAGCUUUAGGGAUAGGUUACUUGAUAUAAAGAGGAGAUAUAAUAAAGCUAUUUGUAUUGGUUCUGGUUCUAAUCAAGUGGCUAGAGUUUUGGAUGAAGAAGAAUUAGCAGAUGAUAUACACAUAGCGGAUUCAUCAGUUCUUAGGGAUAAAGAGUUUGAUAGUGAUUUCGCUAGUAAGUUCUUAUCGUAUAUCGAACAUCCUUCAAUGAAUUCACUCUUUAAAACUAAUUCAACUGAUAUUAUUAUAUCUUCAUUAGGUUUACACUGGGUUAACGAUUUACCUGGAGCCUUGAUUCAAUUUAAUCACGCAUUAAAGCCAGAUAGCCCAUUUUUAGGUUGCUUAUACGGUGGUGAUUCACUCUUUGAACUUCGUACAUCAUUACAAUUAGCUGAACAGGAACGCUGGGGUGGAUUUGGUCCUCAUGUUUCACCUAUGACGGAUACGACGGAUGUAGGAAAUUUAAUGAAUAGAGCAGGAUUCACUUUAUUAACAAUAGAUAUUGAUGAUUUAGUCAUAAACUAUCCAUCGAUGUUCGAAUUGAUAGAAGAUCUUAAAUUUAUGGGUGAAUCUAAUUCAAUUAACGGUAGAAGGGCACAUAUAUCUAGAGAUACUUUGAUUGCAGCUUCGGAAAUUUAUAAAUCACUUCAUGGUAAUGAAGAUGGUACAAUCCCUGCAACAUUUCAGAUAAUAAACGUUAUUGGUUGGAAACGAUCAGAUGAUCAACUUAAACCACUUAAGAGGGGAUCUGCUACGAGAUCAAUGAAAGAACUUGAAGAUUGA